AUGGCGGGUUCACGCGGUGAGAAAGUGGCAUACUUGGCUGACAAGCUGUACAACAGCUUGGUGGAGGGCGAUCAGAACCGCAUCGCUUUAACAGGGAUGCUGUCACCCACGAAUUCCUUGCGGCACAGAUCCACUCGUGCCUGCUUCAGUUGGGUGCAAAAUGAGUUUUUGGGGGAGCGCAUGUUUACACAUGCCAUGAUUCGUGACGCCAUCGCGAAGAUGGCGCUCGACAAAACUCUUUUCCUGGUCGUUCCACAGACCCCGGGGGUCAGUGAGAAGGCAUGGAUCGAAGACCAAGCAAAGGCGGUUCAUGCCUUACUGAAGAAGGCCAGAAAGUCGACAGUGCAGCAUCCUGAGGAUGAUGCGGUCGACCGCGAGGGCUUCAACAAGAGGGGAAGCAACGAAAGUGUUGUUUCUGCAGGGGGGAUCCGCCCAGCAAAGCGGCUGCGAGAGAAGACGAAGAUCCGGGUCUGCAAGCCGGAUGAGAAGGAGGAGCAGUGGACGGAUGAACAAUGGGCGGCUUGGCAGGCCGGUGAGAUGUGGACGGAUGCAGAAUGGGCUGCUUGGGAGGAGGAAAAGAAUGAGGUGUCGACGACGCCGAAGGACCUGAAGCCCGAGGAUGCAGAUGAUUGGGGCGCAUGGUCAGCUGAUGGCAAGAAGGCUCCAGAUGGUGAAGGAUCAGAUGAUAAUUGGGGCUCGUGGUCAGCUGCUUCCAAGAAGGAGACUCCAGAUCCUGGUGCUGGAGCCUAUGAGUCUCAGCAGGAGACUACGGAUGCUGGUUCUGGAGCCUAUGAGGCUAAGAAGGAGACUACAGAUGCUGGUUCUGGAGCUGAUGAGCAUAGCAAGGCUGCAGAUGAUCAGGAGGAUCGCUGGUGGUUGGAGAAGGAUUCAGCCACGUGGGGACCCACAGGUCAAGAAAAGAAGACGAUCCUCGUCGAGAUAGCCGAGGAUGACGAGGACUGGGAUGUCGAUGAGGCCGAACUGGUCGAGGACUCGCCAGAGGAUGAUGAGUGGCCGGAGGAGGCCUGGCCUGGAAAAGAUGCAUCGGGGGAAGCCGAUGAGUGGCCCGAGGUCAUCACGAAGCAUGGUGCUGCUGAUCAUGAUGAUGGAGACUGGGAAGCCGAGGAGCGGCCACCAAAGGAGGAGCUUCAAAAGAAACGGGUAACGACAACGGACAAGCGCUUUGGCUUCGUCACAAAGGAAGGCAUGCAGGCGCUGUUCGGCAACCAAAGCCAGAAUGAGAUCAGCCGGGACGAUUACGAAUGGAAAGAGCUUUGGCUGAAUCUGGAUUAUGAUGAGUGGACAGCUGGCCUCGAUGGCCCAUGGAAUGCCACGCAUGACCCAGAUGAGGGCGAGAUGAACGAGGAAACAUGGAAUGGAGAUUGGAAAGCCCCGGUGGCCUGGGAACCGCAGGCAGAGCUUCGGCAGCCAAAGCCAGUGCUCGCGAUCGAUCCGAGGUUGGACCCAAGCAUGAGUGCCAAGGAUAAGGAGCAGAGGUGGAAGGCGUCCAACGAAAGGGUCGAGGUCCUCAAGCACUUUAGCUUGAAAGAACAGAAGAAACCCUUCGGUGCUGUGGAUCCAGAGAAAGAACUGGACUUCUUGGAGAUCUUUGCAGGAUGCCAUAUGCUGACGUCGGCGGCCUUGCACUAUGGCCUCAACGCCCAUGGGUUGGACGUUGCCUACAGCUCGAAACUGGACAUCCUCACGGCAUUCGGCUUUCUUGCCACGCUGCACAACGAGCCGGGGGUCUACGAAGAGAACGAGAUGGUCUUCGAAGACGCCGGCCAUUCCUCAGAUGAUGACUCAGGUCUUGAGGAUGUGAUUG